GAGCAAGCAGCCGCGACACAAGCUCACGACAGGCGAGCCCUACUACGCGUCAUGCAGGGGAUCCCCGUGCAUCCAGCCCGAGAGCGGCCAGUCGUAGUAGUGCAGAAUCGAGGCAAGCGAGCCCUGUACACAUGCUUCCGAGCACUGCUGCUCCCAAUGUCGCUAGCGAGCCCGUUUCCCCCGGUCCCAGCAAGUUGCUCCGAGCGUAAUGGCAUACAACAAUGCAGGUGCCAACAUCCCGGGGCCUCACCGCAAAAGGACCGUUGCCCUCUCCACCAGGGUACCUCCACGUAUGUUGAGGCCGGGCCACGUUCUUUGUGUACGUUGCGUCCAUUCAGCUGACUUGAUGUAUACUUGCUCGUGGUGUACCUGUUCAGGAAGCGGACAACACUACGUGAUUAACCGAGAGAUUGAAGAGAUGCGCGAUGCCGUCGAGUACGAGAAGAGCGUUCAGAUGAGCUGGGUAGACUGCUUCUCAUUCGAGCGCAAGCAGCCGUACCGGACGUGCCUCGUCGCGACGCUGAGAUGUUCCAGCCGCUUACGGGCGCCAACUACUUCUUCUACGUCAGUGCCUGAUAUUUGCUGGUGCUACGACGCGCUGGCGGUAAUCAUCCUCGGUGGUGUCAGUUUCGGUUGCAUAUUCGACGGUCUGUACGUCAUGGAGAGGUUCGGCCGGCGCGGACCGCUCAUUAUCGGCGGUAUCUGGUAGUUGUGCUGGCUUUUCGUGUUUGCUGCUGCCGUUACGGCGAAGGAUCCUACGACUAAUGAAUCCAUUGGCAAGCUGAAGAUCAUUUCUGCGUGCCUGUUUAUCCUCGGCAUCGCGAUGACGUGCCAUCCGUAUAUGGAUUAUGGUCGGCGAGACAUUUCCAACGCGAAACGUUGUGACAGCGAGCAACUCGGUGUGGAACUUCCUGAUCGCGUUCUUCACGCCAUUUAUCGUGGACUCGAUCUCAUACCGAUACCAUUUCGUCUUCUCAGCAUGCAAUCUCGUGGGCGCGGUGAUCGUCUAUCUGUUUCUACACGAGUCGUCUGAUUUGUCACUCGAGAAUGUUG